AUGAACAUAAAUAUGAAUGAUGAAGGAAUUGAAUGUUUGAAGCAGGAAAUUAAUGCACUUAGGUGUAUAUUUUCAGGGGAAGAUGAGAUGCUGAUUAGUGAGGAGCUAGAAUUGUGGCUUGAGCAGGAAAUUAGCAAGGAAAGGAACUUGGAAAAUUUGCGUUUCAGAGUAUUACUUGGAGACAGAAAGUUCUACUCUAUGCCUCUAUAUCUGGAAAUAACAUUGGAUCCUGAGAAUAACUAUAGAUCAGGUUUAAAGAUGAUUGAUGUGGUAUCCAGAAAAGAGUGGGGUAAGAAUUCUGAUCGUCCAUUUUUUCUAUCUGAAUCACAAAUAAAGUACAUAGAGAGUGCAGGGAUGAAUGUAUUUGUUCCAAAUACAGAGUGCAUUUAUGAUCAGGUUAUUGCCUCCAGAGAGGCAGCAGAAGAGAUGGUUCGGGACAUUCCAUGUGUAGUAAAUAGUCAUUUGGAUUCUGGGGUACAGUUGAAGAGUUCAGAAUCAGAAGGUGAAAAUGAUGAUUUUGAGCAAGAAGAGAUGAUUAGGUUUGUCUGGAGCGCUUCAGAAACCUUGGGAAUGAUUAAAUGGGGACAGAGAGCUUGUUACAGUCACCAUAUUAGGAGCAAGAUAAAGAGAAGGUUAAUAUUAGAAUGGGCGAAAGAACUUUGUCUUGGAGGUUAUUGUAAGAUUGGAUACCCUGGAAUAAUUAUUGUAGAGGGUCCCGAAGAUUGCUGUCUUGAGUAUAUUAGAAGACUGCAAAGACUUAGAUGGAAACAUUUUGUCGUUAGAGGAGAAAUUAUUAAAGAUAUCCCUGUAGAUCAAAAUUUUAUAGUAAACUCGGAAACUAUUAAUUCAAUGAGAACUCUACCAAACACAAUGACAGAGCUCCCGGCAGACAGUAUGAAGAUUCUUGCCAGGAUUUGCGAGGAUUUAGGAAUUAAAGAUCUUUUCUUAACAACCAUGAAAAUCUACUCCAAAUAG